AUGAAAUUAUUAGAGUCCCUCGAGUUCUCUAUGAGCAAACUUUUUGGUGAAAUCCCAGGGAGUAUGGCAAGUAUGACGUUCUUGAAUCACUUGAACUUAUCCCAUAACAAGUUGACUGGGAGAAUUCCUUCAAGCACUCAACUACAAAGCUUUGAUGCAUCUUGUUUUAUGGGUAGUGAACUUUGUGGACCUCCACUCUCUAAUAAUUGUACAGCAUAUCUGCCAACACUUGAUCAUGAAAAUGAUGAUGGUAAUGAACAUGAAGUGGACUGGUUCUAUGUAAGCAUGGAAGUUGGAUUUGUGGUGGGCUUCUGGAGUUUAAUAGGUCCUUUGCUUGUCAACAGAAGAUGGAGCCAAUGUUGCUGUCACGCUGCCAAUCCUACAGCCAAGACUUUUUCAGCCUCAUCUUCAAGCUUACUCCUCCAAGACAUCAUCAAGUCCUCUCACCGGCAUCAUUGCAAACAAUCACUGCAAUUCUUCAUCUACCUCUACAUUUUAACAAGAGUUUCAGGACAUUUUCAGAUUCCACCCGUCGGCAUCCUUGCACACAAUCAUGCUCCAAUGCUUGAUUAUGAAAAUGGUGAUGGUAAUGAACAUGAAGUGGACUGGUUCUAUGUUAGCAUGGAAAUUGGAUUUGUGGUUGGCUUUUGUAGUUCAAUCGGCCCUUUGCUUGUAAACAAAAGAUGGAGGUAUGUGUAUUGUCAUAUGCUGGAUCACCGAGGAAACAAAGUUAGCAGUGUUCUAAGAAAAUGUGGCUAG